UCGCUCAAUCGCGGGUCUAUCUCUGCUGCGAUGUUAUCAGCUUGUAUGGAAACGACUGGAUUCGCGUUAAGUCUUGGUUAAACACUCAGUCUACAAACAUGUUUUAGUCUCAGCGAUUGGCUGCGAGGUCUUAACGAUUGUUGAAAAUUUAAGGGCUCGUUUUUCGGACUCGUUUUUGGCUCGGCUCAAAUCUGUAUCAUAAAUCUGCCGCAGAAGUUUUCACCGAGGCUGAAUUGUAAAGACCAAUCUUUUUUUAGCUGACGUUGUCUCUAAUUCAUCGGAAACAAAUUGCCCCACGCCACAUGUAAAGGUUGAGGUGCAGCGAUGAUUGGCGGAGUGGACCAGAUCUUGUACAGCGUGGCCUGCCAGCUCAAGUCGCCGGACUGGAAGGCGGUAGCCAAGCGGCUGGGGCUGAGCGAUCGGCAGGUCCGGCACAUCGCCGAUAACUGCUACUCGGACCUGCGGCAGCAGCCGUACCAGGCCCUGCUGCAGUGGCGGCGCGCCCGCGAGGAGGCCACGGUGGUGGAGCUGGUGCAGGCCCUGAAGGACAGCGGGCAGGCCACGGUGUCUGAGUACAUCGAGAGGACGUACCUCGCUCCUGACGCCAACCAGGAUGCCAACAUGUCGGUGGGGUACCGACAGAUCAUCUUCCUGAACCGCCCGACGCUGGAGCGGGAGGUCCGGGUCGAUCCCGUGGUGGAGUACCUGGCGGAGAAGGGCACGCUGGGUAAGGCGCAGCAGUCGGAGCUGAGGCGGGUGGGGACGUCGCGAGGCCGGCUGCUCAGGUUGUUGGACAUGCUGCCGGUCCUCGGGGACCAGGCCUUCCACGACUUCUGCGACGCCGUCAGACACGGGGCCGGACAGCCCGACUUGGCGGAUGUCUUGGAGAGACCGGCGGAAAAAGUCAGAGUCCCGCGAGUCCCGCCGAUCGACAUGACGGAGAUGCAGACAGACGAUACCGAGGACAGCAGCUACAGGAGCACGCCGGAACCACCAGUCCGCCCAAUGAUCAUCACAAACGGAAUCCGUCCCAGGAAGGGUGAGCCCGUCCAGGUGUCCAAACUCGGCCACGCAGUCACCCUCAAAUGCAAAUUCUACCUGAACCCCCACCUGCCGCCCAGAAUAACGUGGCUCAAAGGUCGCAAACUGUCCACGGCGACAAUCAUCUUCGACGGGUUCUUCUACCGGUCCAACGCACCCUACUCCCCGAGAGAGUUCACGCAGGCCUUCGGGGAAUAUGAGCAUCGGCUCCGGCUGGACGAGCGCGAGUUCCCGGCGAUCACCCUGUACCACGUAGGGCCUGAAGACGCUGAUAGGUACUGGUGUAGGGUGUCCGCCAAGAGGACCAUCACAGGCUCUGUGGUUCUACAAUGUUCAGACGACCCCGAGACGGUUGCCAGGCAGACGCCACGAGAGAACUCCCCGGUGCCCCUGAGAGUGACUCCCCGGUCCCGCAGCGGCUCGCCCCGCAGGGUACGCCUUCAACGAGCGGGACAGGUGGAUCCAGACCGCCGACGAGACGUACCUCAACAGACGGCGUUUUGCUGACCAACUGUGCUGAUGAAUGUUAUACUUAUAGGCUGUUUUGUAGAUUAUAAAAAUAUUACAUUGAUUUCGCUUGUUCUUUGAUAGAUAAAAUAACACAGAAUGAUCUUCAAUGUAAUGGCUCUCCCAGUCAGCACAGUUUGUACAUUUUAGUCCCUUUAUAAUAUCUUGUAUAUCUAUCUGUGACAGUUGAAAUGAGAGACUUCUACAUUGAAUAUGAUUAUUCCUUUCUCUAUCUAAAGUUGUAAUAUUUUCAUCACACCUGUGAAUAUUACUGAUCCUUUGAUGUCAAUAUGUUGUGUGCAUAGGAGAAGAUGCCCAAUUUUCUUAAGGCCUUUUCAAUCUUCAAGCAAUGUUUGUGUUCUUCAUAUGGAUGGCCAGACAGAAACACACUGGCUGAUUGUUUAAGUCCUAAAAUGGCUUAAAAAUCUUUGUCAAGAAAUAAAUGCAUGUUGUACACGCUGCCCCUACUGAACAUUUGUGAUCAUGUUUACUUGCAUUGAAAAAGAGACAGUAGUCAUCAACAUUCUGCUGAAUACUUAUUAUGUGUAUCAACUGUAUCCCCAUAUUUGUUGGAAGACAGAGUCUUUGUCACUACAACAACUUAGAGAUCACAGAAUGCUGAGUACACAAAACUAGUGCUAAAUCUAAUACGCCAUACCCUCUACCACACCCUUACAGUAACUUACACAGAAAGGCUGAGUGAGGAAACUAUUCACACAUAUUGAAAACAGCCCUAAACAGACAUACUGUUCUAAUGACCAGCUAGCACCUUAAAGUAUUCUGUGGUUUAAAUAUAAACAUCAAUGGAAAUAAAUCUUACUACAUUCCCAAAAAAGUUUAAUGCUGAUGACAGCUAGCCUACAGGUACAACAAUGGAAUGUGAAAAAAAGAGCAUUCACAGCAUUGUCCAAAGGGACCAAGCUUAUUUCUGUGCUAAGUUGAUAAUCUACAUGUGUACAGCUUGUUUACACAUUAUUUCAUGAAAUACAUUAUA